CUGUUCAAUUUCCCGACUCACCAUCUCCCUCCCGUCAGUAGCUUUCUGGCUUUUGAGAAUCCCUUCUUCUCAGAAUCACCAUUUCUGCUUCUUCCACUAUUCGAUUCCCGCUGCAAUUCUAUCAUACGACAGUCCUUUUCAUUCCGUCGCGUCAAGGAGAGAUAGAGAGCGGGAGAAUAUAUCUACAGCAAUUCGAUUACGUACCUUAUUUUGUUCCCAUAUCAGAUGGACAUCGCAAACUCAGAAGACAUCAAGAAAUGGAUAGUUUUGUAUCCUGUUUAUAUAAAUUCCAAGAAAACUAUAGCUGAGGGGAGAAGAAUAAGUGUGAGCAAAGCAUGUGAAAACCCUACUUGCAUGGAGAUUGGCGAUUGCUGCAGUCAUCUCAAACUCCCAUAUAGAAUUGAGGUUGACAAGGCAUAUUCACGUGAUUUCAUGCAAGUAGGAAGAGUAAGGGUUUUGCUAAAAAGGGAAGAUGGGACUUUACUCAAUCCAGCCAUUUCUUCAAGAAAACAGUUGAUGGUCCAUGUGGCAGAGUUGGUACCGAGACAUCCCGGGAGAGCUAAGAAGCAGGAAGCCUCUUCGGCAUCAUCAAAUGCAGGGCCUUCUUCCAAGUCUGGGAAGGGUGGAAGAAAGAAGAGAUAGAUAAAAACUCCAGCAUUCUACUUCCAUCAUACAGGCUUCUUCUUUUUUUUUUUUUAAUUCUUCAAACUUUUUGGUUGUAACAUGUUACCAAACCCUGCUUCAGUUUUGACAAGACAAUGUCUGCACCUUGUUUGUUUGGAA